AUGGCUGCUUUCGGGAUAUUAAGUUACGAACACCGGCCUUUAAAGCGGCCCAGACUCGGCCCUCCGGACGUGUAUCCGCAAGAUCCAAAGCAAAAAGAGGAUGAAUUGACAGCCCUGAAUGUGAAGCAAGGAUUUAAUAACCAGCCUGCAGUAUCAGGAGAUGAACAUGGAAGUGCAAAAAAUGUCAACUUCAACCCCUCUAAGAUUAGUUCCAACUUCAGCAGUAUCAUGGCGGAAAAGUUGCGUUACAAUACUUUCCCAGACACAGGGAAGCGCAAGCCACAGGUUAACCAAAAAGAUAAUUUUUGGCCGCUCACUGCAAGAUCACAGAGCUCCAUCAAUAAUUGGUUUACAGACUUAGCAGGGACUAAACCUCUGACACAACUGGCUAAGAAGGUACCAACAUUCAGCAAAAAGGAAGAGGUUUUUGGCUACUUGGCGAAGUAUUCAGUCCCUGUUAUGCGCUCAGCAUGGAUGAUAAAAAUGACAUGUGCUUAUCAUGCAGCAAUCACCGAAACUAAAGUUAAGAAGAGGCAUGUGAUUGACCCCUGUAUAGAAUGGACACAGAUCAUAACCAAGUACCUCUGGGAACAGCUGCAGAAAGUGGCAGAAUUCUACCGACAGUUUCCCAAUCAAGGCUGCAGCUCCCCUCUGCCUGCGCCUCCUCCCGAUGUGGAGCAAGCAAUGAAACAGUGGGAGUACAAUGAAAAACUUGCCAUGUUUAUGUUUCAGGAUGGCAUGUUAGACAGACACGAGUUUCUGACAUGGGUGCUGGAAUGCUUUGAGAAGGUGCGACCAGGUGAAGAUGAAUUGCUCCGACUACUAUUGCCACUUUUGCUACAGUACUCUGGGGAAUUCGUCCAGUCCGCUUACCUUUCAAGGAGACUGGCAUAUUUCUGCACACGGCGCCUCAACCUAUUGCUUAGCGACGGGGGCUCUGGCACUGGGGGGCAUCCAGCUCAUGGCAUCCUGACUCAGCAAGGGAACGCCCUGCCCCCCACCCCGACGUCGCAGCCGGCCGGAGGGAGUCAGGUCCAGACGCCGUUUACUGACUUCUACAACUGCCCUCUGCACAGGCCGCUGGUCUUUGGGCUCAGCUGCAUGUUACAGAGUAUAGCGCUGUGCUGUCCCAGUGCUCUUGUAUGGCACUACUCACUGACCGACAGCCGCAACAAGACCGGCUCUCCUCUGGACCUCCUGCCGAUCGCCCCCUCCAGCCUGCCCAUGCCCGGGGGAAACACCACGUUCACUCAGCAGGUGCGUGCCAAAUUGAGAGAAAUUGAGGAACAGAUCAAGGAGCGAGGACAGGCAGUGGAGUUCAGGUGGUCUUUCGAUAAAUGUCAGGAGACGACAGCAGGUUUCACAAUCGGAAGAGUUCUUCAUACACUGGAGGUUUUGGACAACCACAGUUUUGAAAAGUCAGAUUUCAGCAACUCUUUAGAUUCCCUUUACAAUCGGAUAUUUGGGUCCGGACAGAGCAAAGAUGGCCAUGAGAUGUCUCCAGAUGAUGAUGCAGUGGUGACUUUGCUUUGUGAAUGGGCUGUGUGUUGUAAGCGCUCAGGCAGACACAGGGCCAUGGUCGUUGCCAAGCUGCUGGAAAAAAGACAAGCUGAAAUAGAAGCAGAGAGGUGUGGCGAGUCUGAGGUGGUUGAUGAAAAAGGCUCGGUCUCCUCCGGUUCGCUCUCUGCCGCCACAUUACCGGUGUUUCAAGAUGUGCUGCUCCAGUUUCUUGACACUCAAGCCCCCACUCUGACUGAACCUGGCAAUGAAAGUGAGCGAGUGGAGUUCUCUAACCUGGUGCUGCUCUUCUACGAGCUCAUCCGCCAUGAUGUCUUCUCCCACAACAUUUACAUGUGCACGCUCAUCUCCCGCGGCGACCUGGCCCUGGAUACGCACAUGCCCCGCCCACGCUCCCCUGGUGAUGAGCCCCUGGAUGAGUCAGAGCGCAAGGAGCAGGACGCCAACAGCAGUGUGAAGGAGGAACCUGGUCUCUCUGAGUCUAUGGAAAUUGAUCACAACUCGAGUGCUAAUUUUGAUGAGAUGUUCUCUCCUCCCAUGCACUGCGAGUCUAAAGGCAGUCCAUCCCCCGAGAAGCCCACCCCAGAUCAAGACAGCAAAGUCAAUUGCAAAGACAAAGGCUUGGAUCCCACCUUCCCUCAACUGUACGAACAACCACGCCACAUCCAAUAUGCCACACACUUCCCUAUUCCUCAGGAGGAAAGUGCCAGCCAUGAGUGUAAUCAGCGCCUGGUGGUCCUUUAUGGAGUUGGCAAACAAAGGGACGAAGCCAGACACACCAUCAAGAAAAUAACCAAAGAUAUCUUGAAGGUCUUGAAUCGCAAAAGCACAGCAGAAACAGGAGGUGAGGAAGGGCAAAAGAGGAAGAGGACAAAGCCCGAGGCCUUUCCCACUGCAGAAGAUAUUUUCUCUAAAUUCCAGCAUCUCUCACACUUUGACCAGCACCAGGUCACCUCACAGGUGUUCAAAAAUGCAUUUGAACAGAUCACCAGCUUUGCCUCAGGGAUGUCCUAUCACCUGCCUCUUGUGCAGCACAUUCAGUUCAUCUUUGACCUCAUGGAGUACUCUCUCAACAUUAGUGGCCUCAUAGACUAUGCUAUUCAGAUUUUAAAUGAGUUAAGUCUAGUGGAAGCAGAGCUGAUCCUCAAGUCUUCCAUUCUGGUGGGCAGCUACACCACCAACCUCUGCCUGUGCAUUGUAGCUGUCCUUCGGAGAUACCACUCCUGUCUCAUUCUCAACCCUGAGCAGGCAGCAACUGUUUUUGAUGGACUGCGCAUUGUGGUAAAAUCUGGAGUGAAUCCAGCAGACUGCUCCUCUGCUGAGCGCUGCAUCUUGGCCUAUCUGUAUGACCUCUAUACCUCCUGCAGUCACCUUAAGAGCAAGUUUGGGGAGAUUUUCAGUGAGUUUUGUUCCAGAGUGAAGAUCUCGAUCUACUGCAACAUUGAACCAUCAGACUCAAAUAUGCUGUGGGACCCAGUCUUUAUGAUGGAGGCCAUUGCCAAUCCCCUAGCCAAUAACUUCAACCACUCAAUGGUGGGCAAGAUUCUGCACGAAAGCUCUGCCAACCGCUACAGCUUUGUCUGCAAUGUUCUUAUGGACGUUUGUGUAGAUCACAGAGACCCAGAGAGGGUUAAUGAUAUCGGGAUCCUCUGUGCGGAGCUUACUGCGUACUGUCGAACCCUCAGCGCUGAGUGGCUCGGAGUUCUUAAGGCUUUGUGCUGCUCGUCCAACAACGGAAACUGUGGAUUCAAUGAUUUGCUUUGUAAUGUUGAUGUUAGCGAUUUAUCAUUUCACGAUUCUCUGGCGACCUUCGUAGCGAUUCUGAUUGCUAGACAGUGUUUACUUCUUGAAGACCUGGUUCGCUGUGUGGCUAUUCCCUCUCUUCUUAAUGCAGCGUGUAGUGAACAAGAUUCUGAGCCAGGAGCAAGACUGACCUGCCGGAUUCUUCUGCACCUGUUUAAAACACCUCAACGCAACCCAGUCCCUCAAGAUGGCAUCAAAUCUGACAAGUCAUCUGUCGGCAUCAGAUCGUCUUGCGACAGACACCUCCUGGCUGCUUCUCAGAACAGCAUUGUGGUCGGGGCAGUGUUUGCUGUUUUGAAAGCGGUCUUCAUGCUCGGUGAUGCAGAACUGAGAGGCUCCGUGCUCUCUCAUAACACUGGCCUCGAUGACAUUUCCGAAGGACGCAAUGUCUCGAUUGAAACUGCCAGUCUGGAUGUUUACGCUAAAUAUGUUCUGAAGACCAUCUGUCAGCAGGAAUGGGUUGGAGAGCGCUGUUUGAAGUCUCUUUCAGAGGAUAGUAGUGCCCUGCAGGACCCGGUUCUUGUAAACAUCCAGGCCCAGAGGCUGUUGCAGCUCAUCUGUUACCCCCACCGGCAGCUGGACAGCGAUGAUGGAGACAACCCGCAGAGGCAGCGCAUCAAACGAAUCCUCCAGAACAUGGACCAGUGGACAAUGAGACAGUCAUCUCUUGAGUUACAGCUGAUGAUCAAACAGAGCUCCAACAAUGUAAGUGUUGAAAUGAAAGAUGUAAUGAAUGAGCUGUAUUCGCUGCUGGAGAACAUCGCUAAGGCCACGAUUGAGGUCUUUCAAAAAUCUGCAGAGAUGAUGAACUCCAAUAACCCCUCAGGAAAUGGAUCCGCGGGGCAGGGGGGCUCUGCAGCUUCCACCAGCAACACUACGAGCAAAAUGAAACCCAUCCUCAGCUCAUCGGAGCGCUCAGGCGUGUGGCUCGUGGCUCCGCUGAUCGCCAAACUCCCCACCACUGUCCAAGGCCACGUGCUGAAGGCGGCGGGAGAAGAGCUGGAGAAAGGACAACACCGCAGCAAAGAGCGCGACAGGCGGAAACAGAAGAGCAUGUCUCUAUUAAGCCAGCAGCCCUUUUUGUCCCUGGUGCUGACGUGUCUAAAGGGGCAGGAUGAGCAGAGGGAGGGGCUGCUCACCUCGCUCUACAGCCAGGUGCAGCAGAUCGUCACCAACUGGAGAGAAGACCAGUACCAGGACGACUGCAAGGCCAAGCAGAUGAUGCACGAGGCUCUCAAACUACGACUCAAUCUGGUGGGCGGUAUGUUUGACACAGUGCAGCGCAGCACUGUGCAGACAACAGAGUGGGCCGUUCAACUCCUGGACAUCAUCAGCAGUGGCACCGUGGACAUGCAGUCGAAUAAUGAACUGUUCACAACAGUGUUGGACAUGCUGAGUGUGCUUAUUAAUGGCACUCUGGCUGCAGACAUGUCCAGUAUCUCACAAGGGAGCAUGGAGGAGAAUAAGAGGGCUUAUAUGAAUCUGGUCAAAAAACUCAGGAAAGAGCUUGCUGAUCGCCAAUCUGAAAGUUUGGAAAAGGUUCGUCAGCUUUUGCCCUUGCCUAAACAAACUCGUGACGUGAUAACCUGUGAGCCUCAGGGGUCUCUAAUCGACACCAAGGGAAACAAAAUAGCUGGUUUUGAAAAAGAGGGUCUGCAAGUCUCUACAAAACAGAAGAUUUCUCCGUGGGAUGUUUUUGAAGGGCUCAAACACUCCGCUCCUCUCUCCUGGGGCUGGUUUGGGACAGUGCGUGUUGAUCGUAAAGUGACUAAAUUUGAAGAGCAGCAGCGUUUGUUGCUUUAUCACACUCACUUGAAACCAAAACCACGAAGCUACUACCUGGAGCCCCUCCCCCUUCCACCAGAGGAAGAAGAGCCUUUAACUCCUGUCUCCCAAGAACCUGAUAAGAAAAUGAUGGAGGCCGGGAAGUCUGAAAAAAAUGUUCCUAAUGUUACUUCUGAUUCCAAACAAAAGAAGCCAAGCAAGAAAAAGAAGACUCCUUCAAACAAGACUGAGGACUACAACCGUCCUCCCAGUGGUGUCCCGUAUGGAACAAGUAUGCCAACAGAAAUGAUGCAGUCUCCAUAUGCCAGGAUGCAGUACCCCCAGCAGACCAUGGGCAUGUACACUCAGAACCAGCCUUUGCCUCCAGGUGGCCCUGGUUUAGAUCCUCCAUACAGACCACCACGCAACCCUCAGAUCAACAAGAUGAUGCCCACUCGGCCCACUUACCCAGUUGUGAUGCCAGGCAUGCAGGCUAACAUGCCCAACAUGAUGGGAAUGGACAAACAGUAUCAAAUGGGAUACAAGCCUCAGCCCAGUGGGCAACAGCUGCUGAGGGCCCAGCUACAGGUCAGACUGAAUCACAAUGUGAUGGGUCAGAUGAGGCAGAUCAAUCCUAACCAACAAUAUGGCCAAAUGCAAGCUAACCAGAAUAUAUCCCAAGGCUACACCUCAUAUGGAACACACAUGGGGAUGCAGCACCCCCCUCCUCAGGGCGGUGGGAUGGUCCCUUCUUCUUAUGGAAACCAGAACUUCCAGGGCAGUCAUCCUGGAGCCAACCCGCCCAUGGUAGAUCCCCUUCGGCAAAUGCAGCCGAGACCCAGUGGUUAUGUUCACCAGCAGGCGCCAAACUACACCCAUAACAUCCAGAGGUUUAGUCAUCAGCCUAUGCAGCAGAAUCCCGUAAUGCAUGGCCUUAGUCACAUGGGAGGUCAGGGCAUCCAUCCCAACAUCAGGCCGUCUAAUCAGAUGCUCGCAGAACAGCAACAGCAGCAACAAGUGGCUGCAGCACAACAGCAGCAGCAGUACCUCAGACAACAACAAGCUCUCAGACAGCAACAACAAGUACAACAGCAGCAACAACAAGUACAGCAGCAACAACAACAAGUCCAACAACAGCAACAGCAGCAGCAGCAGCAGCAGCAGCAGCAACAGCAGCAACAACAGCAGCAACAACAGCAGCAGGUGCAGCCUCAACAGCAGGUGCCACAGCAGCAGGUGCCACAGCAGCAGCAGGUGUCUGCAGUGCCCCCUCCUGGUCAGGCACAGAACCAGGGCUUGGGCAUGCAACCUUUGUUUCAGAGACAGGGGAUGCAACAGACUCAACAACAGCAACAAACUGCAGCCUUGGUCAGACAGUUACAACAGCAGCUUUCCAACUCUCAACCCGGCCAGAGCAACAAUUCUUAUCAUGCAUUUUAA